CCAAGAUGGCGUAUCGCGCCUCCCUUAAUCACAUAAUGUACGCGCAAGUUAUGUGCCCGAAGAGUUAGUUAACAUACGUCACGAACCUGCAGGAGAGGGCGACAUGUCGGUUUUGAGGGCGCAGAGAUUGCUGCAACAUGCUUCAAAGCAUUGCUGGAGGGCGCAAUCUACUCAAACACAGGCUGCAGCCUCAGUACCAGAAGCGGCACGGGGCUUCUCUUUUGAGUUUACUGAACAGCAAAAAGAAUUUCAAGCCACUGCUCGGAAAUUUGCGAGAGAAGAGAUUAUUCCUGCUGCUGCUCAUUAUGACAAAACUGGGGAAUAUCCAGUACCACUUAUUAAAAGGGCAUGGGAGCUUGGCCUAAUGAAUGGGCACAUACCCGAACACUGUGGAGGAAUAAACCUUGGUAUAUUUGACACUUGCCUUAUUACAGAAGAAAUAGCUUAUGGGUGUACAGGAGUACAAACGGCCAUUGAAGCGAAUUCCUUAGGCCAAAUGCCAGUAAUAAUUGCAGGAAAUGAGGCUCAGCAGAAAAAGUAUUUGGGAAGAAUGACAGAGGAACCACUAAUGUGUGCAUACUGUGUAACGGAGCCUGGAGCAGGUUCUGAUGUAGCGGGCUUGAAAACGAGAGCUGAGAAGAAGGGCAAUGAGUAUAUUAUUAAUGGACAGAAGAUGUGGAUAACUAAUGGUGGAAAAGCAAACUGGUAUUUUCUUCUGGCACGCACCAACCCUGACCCCAAAGUAUCUGCAGGAAAAGCUUUUACAGGAUUUAUUGUAGAAGCCGAUUCUCCAGGAAUUCAGAUAGGCAGAAAGGUGAUAGAUCUGGAUGCCCUGUUGAUAGAUUUAUUCAGUCAAUGUGUUUUUAGAUUUUUUUUUUUUUAAUUUAAAUAAUAU